UGGCAUAGAUUAUCUACCUACUGUAUUUGUGGCUUUGUGCAUGUUUUGUGGGUUAAGUUAAAUAACUAGGCUGAGGAAGUUUUACUUGGUUUUACUUUCUUUAAAUUAAUCCAAGUCCAGUUCCAAUUUUCCAAUAAAGAGUGGUGUGCCUGCUACAUAUUAAAUAGAGAAAGAAUUUCAAUAUCAGUGUUUACACUGAUUAUUUUACACAUUUAAAAUGGUGGAUCCAUUAGCUCAUAUUGAAUUCAGUGCUACUACUGCUCGCUACACAAUGAAGGAUGAUAACCCACCUCUCGGCUCCCCUGCGUUGGAGAGGGAUAAACGGACUAUAUACUGGACGAGUGGUGUUUUGGAUUGUUUUUCGACUGUUUGGUCCCUCUUUAAGACUGGGAAAUAUGAAGAAUCUCAAGAAGAUGAUUGGGAGGUUCCCUUUGAACUUAUCACAGAUAUGGUAUAUUUGGGCUCUGGAGCUCAAGGCGUGGUUUUUGGAGGUUCCUUCAAAGGUGAAAUGGUAGCUGUCAAAAAGUUAAGAGAUAAAAGUGAGCCAAACAUAAAUCACCUCAGGAAAUUAAAUCAUGAAAACAUAGUUCGAUUCCGUGGUGUUUGCACUGGUUCUCAAUUUCAUUGCCUCGUUAUGGAGUACUGCCAAUAUGGACCUCUCUUCGAUUUUAUCCAUAGUGGAGUUUCAUUCAAUCCAAAGCAGAUAGUUCGUUGGGCCAGGGAUAUUGCUCUAGGCAUGAGUUACCUCCACACACAUAAGAUUAUACACAGAGAUCUUAAAAGCCCUAAUGUUCUAAUUGCUGAUAACCUUGUAGUCAAAGUGAGCGACUUUGGUACAAGUCGAGAAUGGAAUGAUGUCAGUGCUAUUAUGAGCUUUACUGGCACUGUUGCAUGGAUGGCUCCAGAAGUAAUCCGCCAUGAGCCAUGCUCGGAAAGAGUUGAUGUGUGGUCUUAUGGAGUGGUACUAUGGGAGCUUCUUACUCAGGAAGUCCCAUACAAGAAUCUAGAAACACAUGCUAUAAUGUGGGGAGUGGGAACUGACACCAUUGCACUACCUGUGCCAUCAACGUGCCCAAGUAGCAUACAACUAUUGCUAAAUCAAUGCUGGAAUCGAGUACCUCGCAACAGACCACCUUUUAAGAUCAUCGCAGCACAUUUAGAGAUGGCAGGUGAAGAUCUUUGCUCCUUGGACCAAGAAACUUUCAAUAUAACACAAGCUCUAUGGCGCCAGGAGGCGCAUAGCUGCAUGGAGAGACUUUACGCUAAGAGUGAUAAGCCUGUACCAACUGCACAGCGUCGAGAAGAUUUGAAUCAUGCCCGCGACGUGCGCUACGUGUACGAACAACAGCUCACUCGCGCCAACGAGCUCUACAUGGAAGUAUGUGCUGUACGUUUGCAGCUUGAACAACGAGAACGAAUCAUUGCUGAGAAAGAGAUGGCUCUGAGUAAUUGCCGCUGUGGAAUCCGGAAAAACUUUAAACACUUUCACCGUCAGACGUCUUCAUCCUCGGACGGCGUGAAAGGAGCGAUGGCUAUCGUCACUGAAAACAUUGUACGCCGUCGGAAGAAGAAACACGGUAUCAACAAUUCUGCUCAGCUAUUAGUGAAUGAUGAAGAUAAACCAAAUGAAACCCAAACAGCCAUCGCGGCAUCGGAUGAUUGUGUAGCUUGCGUCUGCAACGAUGAGAGCAUCCAAAACAACAAUGUGACAACCCUCACGACAUUUAAAGACACCAUUGUCGAAGACAAUGGAAACAUAAUCGUCAAGGAUACCGGAUGCAACAAUGAAAUUUCCGUCAAUGAUAACUAUAUUCCAGACCUCGCUCAUGUUUAGGUUUAGUUGAAAUUAGAGAAUUUUAAAAAAUGUACUUAUGAUUAAUCUAUUUAAGAUAUAUGAGAAUUUCUUUAAUGUUUUUACAAAUACAAUUAAUUACCUAUUUGAUUAAUGAUUUGGUAGGUAUAUUGGACGAGAUUUAUUAGAAGCUUUUUUUGUAAUUAUUAUUUGAAAGGAAAAUUAGUAAUUUUAAGUAUACUUUUAGGACAUUAAUGAUCUCUUAUAAUUUUAUUCUUUGGUUGACUCCCCCAAUAAAGGAUCUCAUUUCCUGAUCUGUAUUACUGUUGUGUGUAUGUAAUUAGAAUUAUAAGUUUCACUAUGUGUAUUUGACUAGAAUCAGGCGGUCUUUACAUACUGAUACUAGAUGACAUGUUUUUUAAAAAAAAAAAAAGAAUAUUAGCCAUGCUAGUCAUAACUAAUACUCCCCUUUCCCCUCCAAUUAAGCGUAAAGCUUGUGCCAGGAGUGGGUGCGACAAUAGUGCAACGGGUGGGGUUUGAUGUGCGUAGUUCCAGCGGAAUAAUGUCAAAUGAUAAUAAUUAUUGCGUACGAUCUGAGAAAGGACUCGCCAUAUUUGCUCUAUUAACUGGCAUGUCGAAAGUAUGGUUUAGUGUAGCAAAGGAUAUACUUAGCUGCAACACGUCAGAUUUAUAACUACAGGAGCAGAAAUGGGCUCGACCGUAGCAAAAGCUAGUGUUAUGCCUGGGGACUAGUAUGUCCGACGUUGGGAUCUUGUAUAUAUUAUAUAGUGCUCUGUAAUUAAAACCUUGCGAAAUUCAGGCUCAUACUUAAUAAUAGAGUAUUUUAUUACAAAUUUUUUAUUACUUUAUUAUAAACUAGGAUAAAAAUAAUGACGUAAACUGAAAAAACUAAUUAAAUCGAUCAAAUAACAAAAAAGUUAUAACCAUUUAAAUAUUUCAGAUUAGACAGAGAUAGCGAUAUAGCAUUUUGACGUCACUCCGUGCUAAUGUCAUGGUAGCUUCGUGCAGUUUCAUACAAAUUUUCGUUUUGCGACAAAGGGAUAGAAGACCCUCCCACUCCAAAAUUAAAAUGCCUGUGACUUUGUAAAUCUUUGUUGGAUUUUAAUAUUUUUUUCAGCGUACGUCAUUAUUUUUAUCCUAGUUUAUAAUAAAAUAAUAAUAUUUAUCAAAUUCAAAAGUAGGAAAAUACCCAACUGAAGACACCUAGUAUCAGUUUGUGGAGACAGUCACAAGUUAAUCUAAGGGUAAUGUUUGCAGCUACCUAGUUAUCAUAAGUAGUAUUGGAAGAUUUAAAGCAAGGGCUUAAGUUACGAUUGAAAAAAAUAGUGGUAAAUUAUUUUGACGAUUCAAAA